CGAUUUCUUCGCAUCGUUACAUUAAAUCUAUUUUCGUAUCUCACCGAUCAGAAUGGCGAAUUUGGCGAAUCAAAGAGUCGCCAACGAAUUUCGCGAGUACCGCGGGCAACCAAAAUGGAGCGAUCAAGAAUUACAAGCUCACUGGCGAGCUCAGGAUUAUCAACAGCCUGCUCCCUACCAACCUGCCGAACCAGCUUUGAAUCCGUGGCCAGCUCCUCCGCCACCCAAAGCAGCUGUCGCCCUCACACAGCUGCAGAAAGAUUUCCUGGCUUCCACAAUUCCCGAUCUGGAGAAUGCCGAGAACACCGCUUUCGCUGGAGGUCCUGGGUAUUGGACUGGGAAGAAGUUCUUGGGUAAGGGUGGCUUGGGCAUGGUUGCCUUGUGGCAGUAUGAUGGUCCAGCAGGGGAUCAGAACCAAAAAUAUCGUCAGGUGGCUGUGAAAGAAGCUACCGGUGACGCUGCCCGUCACAUGAAUAGUGAUAACAAUAUCCAUAGGGAACUCACCAAAACGAAAUCGCAGCAUAUUAAUCAUUGCCUCAUCAGGGGACGCACUGUUGACCCUCAAGCCGAAAAUCUUCAUCCAGAUUGGAAAGGGAAAGUGAAGAGACUUAUUUUGGAGUAUUGCCCGUUGGGCGAUGUGCGUCAACUGAUAGAAAGGUUUCAGAAACUAGGGCGACCAUUUAAGGAGACUACUCUCUGGAAAAUUUUCGAAUGUUUGGUCGAUGGGAUCAGCGUCAUGGAAACUGGAUAUGAGUUAUCCUAUCCGAGUCCUACUUAUGAACCUUCUCGCAGAGACCGGAGAAAUUGGGAUCCUAUAAUCCACUUCGACAUGAAGCCUGGUAAUAUUUGCAAGAUUGGAGAUUUCGGAUUGGCAGAAUUUGAUUGGAAUUUCUUGCUAAAUGGCGAUGCCCAACACGACGAUAUCGUGUGGCCUCAAAUACUUCUGUUCAGAGAUAAUGGUACCCCGGGCUACUUUGUACCGGAGCAAUUCACAGAGGAAUGGGAAUUUCGUAAUUACAAGAACAGCAACAUUGCAGGAAAAUAUAGCUACGCAACAAAUGUAUGGGGAAUCGGCUGCAUCUUGUACCAGUUAGUCCUCCUCACGCAUGGUGCACCAGACCCAAAAGUGCCUUUCACGCCAUCAUGGAACUUGAAUAGGGACAUACCGAAAGGCAGGACUUUUGGCCUCCCUUUACACGGUCAGUCUCGGUAUUAUAGCCGCCAAUUAACAGAUCUGGUCCAGGAGUGUCUGUACGAGGUACCACAACACAGACCAGGGCUCGAAGACUUGAAAACCAGAGUACGAAGUGGUUUCCUGGACGCAUUGCAGGUUGAUCCUAUUCCAGAUCUUUGGAUGGAUUUUGAGCCACCACCGCCUGGACGUGCAGAUGGUCGCCCAUACUGUCGGGGAGUAGUGAAGAAAACUGGAAAAUCAUGCGAGAAUGCAGGCCUUCAUGAACAUGGCGGAUAUUGUGGCCUCCAUAAAAAGCAACGAUCUCAACAAGCUCAACAGACUCCACAGCCUCAAGCUCGGCGAAAUCCACUCCGAAACGCACGAUGACGGCCUUGAUAUUGAAGAUUCUCUUAAG